GAGCCAACGAAGGAAAAGGAUGCGGGCCAAUUUGUGUGCACGGCAAAGAAUGAAUCCGGCAAACUAACUGCCACAUUCACCGUUAAAUUUGAAGUGCCACAAGGUGCUCCAACAUUCACCCGUAAGCCGCAGAUCUUACAAAAGACAUCCGACUCUGGCGAUCCAGCAAUUGUUUUCGAUAUUGGAUUUCAAGCCGAUCAAAAUCCAGAGGUCAUUUGGCUAAAUCCGAAAGGCAAGAAAAUGAAGGAAUCAAGCCGCAUUAAGUUCGGCUUAACACCCGACGGCGGCGCAAAUACUUUCACUGCCCAGUUGGAACUGAAGAACUAUAAAGCUAAGGACAGUGGCACCUAUACGUGCAAUAUCAAGAACGAAGCUGGUGAAGCAAACGUCGAACUGACCCUGAACAUCGAAGGUCCAUUUUUGAAGCUUAGGAGUGGACUGAGUAGUUGUAAAUUUAAUGCCUAUUUUUUAGCUUACUCUUAA